GGCUAUACCUAGGAAAUGACGUCAGUGCGGGGAAUAUGGCGUCUGCAAUGGAUAUGGAAUCUACAGACAAACAGUAUAUUGAUAUUAAGUUAAAAUAAAGACUAAUUAAAGCCGCGGUUGAAUUGUAAAUGGACGAUAAGGAAUCUUCGGCCAUGUUUUUUUAUUGUCCUUUUUCUUGAUCUCGGAUAUAAACCCGCAACACAUGUCAGAAGAAGCCAGGUCUGCCUGGUCAAAGAGGGGUUGUGGGUACUCGCAGCGCCGAGGUGAGAGACACUAGCCUGCUAAGCUAGCUAGCGAUAAAUAAUUCCACGGGAUGUCGUGAGCUACAAGUCAAUUCAAGCUUGCAAUAAAUUGUGUAUUGUCGUUAGCAAGUUGGCUAGCUACAUUGGCUAUCAUUUUGACUGUCCUGUCAUGUCCUUGAGCGAAAAAUAAGCAAUCUGUGAUUUUCCCGACUGCGCGAGCUCACUGGUUAGCUACGUUGUAACGUCAGUUUGCUAGCCAACACGAUUACGUCAAAGAUUAGCCUACACGGUUAAUCUAAUGUUUAUGAGUCAGUUAACGUUAAAUGCACUAGCUAUAUUAUCAAUUAUGAUUUCAUUCAUAGGGGGGAAAUUAAUUUCUAGCUUUGUAGAAUGUUUUUCUCUGUCUCUAGAUCAGGGCAAACAUAAACAGAGGAAAUGUGAGCGUCCCCUCAGCCUGCUGUCAGCUAAGCUCGAGACUGGCCUCGAGGCCCCUAAAAGGUACAAUCUCCAUGAUGACCAUAACAACCAUCCAUUCCUACUUCUACCUGUAGCCUACAUCCUCCAUCCAUCCCUCCUUUCUUCCUGAAUACGGCCACCAGCCAUUGAUCUGACAAAGCAGGAGAGAAUGGAAGGAAUGGUGCAAUUUUGAGUAUUGGAAUGGGGAUCCAAGGCAGCCUGUUCUUGGAGCCUCAGUGAUUCAGAGAAGGGCGUUGUUAGUUUCUCCCAGGACACAAGGGCCACUGUCCUCUGAUUGGCUCGGAAUAACCCCUCUGACAUGCCCGUGGCCAAUCAGAGGUGUGUGAUGUCGGGGGGGGAGGUGGAGAUGUACCUGUCCCAGGUGCAUGAUGGGAGCGUGUCCUCAGGGUUUCGGGCGCUCUACGAGGAGAGACUCCUAUUGGAUGUCACGCUGCUCAUAGAGGAACACCACUUCCAGGCUCACAAGGCCCUGCUAGCGACCCAGAGUGACUACUUCCGGGUCAUGUUCACAGCAGACAUGCGAGAGAGAGACCAGGACAAGAUCCACAUGAAGGGGUUAACAGCUGCCGGCUUCGGCCACGUACUGAGGUUCAUGUACUACGGUUCACUGGAGCUCAGCAUGGUCACUGUGCAGGAGAUACUACAGGCAGCCAUGUACGUCCAGCUGACAGAGGUGGUAGAGUUCUGCUGUUCCUUCCUGCUGUCUAAGAUCUGUCUGGAGAACUGUGCUGAAGUGCUGAGGCUGCUGGAGGACUUCAGCGUGGGGGUGGAGGGUGUGCAGGAGCAGCUCGACAAAUUCCUGCUGGAGAACUUUGUUCCUCUGAUGAGCAGACCUGACUUCCUGUCCUACCUCAGCCUUGAGAGACUGCAGGCGUACCUGGACAGUGAUGCCCUGAGUCGCUUCCCAGAGAUAGAGCUUUAUGAGUCUGUCCAGGCCUGGCUACGACACGACCGCCGCCGCUGGAGACACACAGACACUGUCGUCCAGUCUCUACGCUUCUGCCUCAUGACUGCCGUUAAUGUCUUCGAAAAGGUGAAGACAUCAGAGUUCUAUCGUUACUCUCGACGGCUGCGUCAGGAGGUAGACCAGGCUCUCGGCUACUUCCACGACGUCAACGAGCAGCCGCUGGUCGAGACGCGGUCCAAUCGCAUCCGCUCAGUCCGACCACAGACCGCUGUGUUCAGGGGCAUGAUCGGACACAGCAUGGUCAACAGCAAGAUCCUACUGCUGCACAGACCCAAGGUGUGGUGGGAGUUGGAAGGUCCCCAGGUCCCUCUCCGUCCAGAUUGCUUGGCCAUCGUCAACAACUUUGCCUUCCUGUUGGGUGGGGAGGAGCUAGGACCUGACGGGGAGUUCCACGCCUCCUCUAAAGUCUACCGUUACGACCCCCGCCAGAACUCCUGGCUACGCAUGGCCGACAUGUCUGUACCCAGGUCAGAGUUUGCAGUGGGGGUCAUUGGUAAGUUCAUCUACGCUGUUGCUGGCCGGACGCGGGACGAGACGUUCUACUCCACGGAGCGCUAUGACAUCACGGCGGACCGCUGGGAGUUUGUGGACCCGUACCCGGUCAACAAGUACGGUCACGAGGGCACAGUCCUAAACGGUAAACUCUACAUCACAGGAGGAAUCACAUCCUCAUCCACCUCCAAACAGGUGUGUGUGUUCGACCCUGGGCGAGACGCAGGGGGAGGGGUGUGUUUAGCGGGCCCUGGGGGAGCGGGAACGACGGACACACACAGGACGCGCUCAGCUCGCACCCCCAUCCUCCCCAGCACACACACCAGCUGCUGGGAGAACAAGUCGAAGAUGAACUACGCUCGCUGCUUCCAUAAGAUGAUCUCCCAUAACGGGAAGCUGUACGUGUUCGGGGGGGUGUGUGUGAUCCUCCGGGCGUCAUUCGAGUCGCAGGGCUGCCCAUCCACAGAGGUCUACGACCCUGAGACAGAUGAGUGGACCAUCCUGGCGUCGAUGCCCAUCGGGCGCAGUGGGCACGGUGUGGCGGUGCUGGACAGACAGAUCAUGGUGCUGGGGGGCCUCUGCUAUAAUGGACACUACUCUGACUCCAUCCUCACCUUCGACCCCGACGACAACAAGUGGAAGGAAGACGAGUAUCCCAGGAUGCCUUGCAAACUGGACGGGCUGCAGGUGUGCACUCUACACUUCCCUGAGUACGUCCUGGAGCACGUCCGGCGCUGCAGCUGAGGUCUGGUUCAGUUCAGACAUGCUCUUUUUUAAGGUUUGGGAAUGUCCCCCUUUUUAAGACAGACUCCUCCCACAGGCUCCAGACGGCAGAUGUGGGUCGGGCGGUGGAGGAUAGGUGUUUACAGGUGUGACACUAACGCUCUAAUUACACAGAAGCUUUUCAACUAGAGACACAGAAUGGACUAAGCAGUCUCAAAAACCCGAUCCUAGGCAACACCAUGACUAUGGUCUGGUUUUAAUGAUGGACGCUUUUGGCAUAGUGGAACUACGUCACUACCUACGCCGAUAAGGGAAAAUAAAUAUUUUGGGGAUUCGCCCAGCAAAUCGCGAGGCAGACAUGCCAGAACAUCGAGAUUCAAAUCCAAAGUUUGCAGGCAAAACCUUUGCAGUGGUUUUACUUAUUUAAGUGUAAAUCCAUUUGAAAUCAAUCACUUCUUGACAGCAUCCCUUUUGAUUUGAACGAAACCUUCCAUAUACAUUUGACAUAUUUUAAAAGCGUUCAGAAAGUGACUGUGGACAUGAAUUUCAAAACAUUCAAGAGAUAAAUGUACUCAAAGUUAACCCAUUUUGCAUAUGUACAGUUGAAGUCUGAAGUUUACAUACACCUUAGCCAAAUACAUUUAAACUCAUUUUUUUUGGUACAAUUCCUGAGAUUUAAUCCAAGUAAAAAUUCCCUGUUUUAGGUCAGUUAGGAUCACCACUUUAUUUUAAGAAUGUGAAAUGUCAGAAUAAUAGUAGAGAGAAUGAUUUAUUUCAGCUUUUAUGUCUUUCAUCACAUUCCCAAUGGGUCAGAAGUUUACAUACACUCAAUUAGUAUUUGGUAGCACUGCCUUUAAAUUGUUUAACUUGGGUCAAAUGUUUUGGGUAGCCUUCCACAAGCUUCCCACGAUAAGUUGGGUGAAUUUUGGCCCAUUCCUCCUGACAGAGAUGGUGUAACUGAGUCAGGUUUGUAGGCCUCCUUGUUCGCACAUGCUUUUGCAGUUCUGCCCACAAAUUGUCUAUAGGAUUGAGGUCAGGGCUUUGUGAUGGCCAUUCCAAUACCUUGACUGUUGUCUUUAAGCCAUUUUGCCACAACUUUGGAAGUAUGCUUGGGGUCAUUGUCCAUUUGGAAGACCCAUUUGCGACCAAGCUUUAACUUCCUGACUGAUGUCUUGAGAUGUUGAUUCAAUAUAUCCACAUCAUUUCCCUCCCUCAUGAUGCCAUCUAUUUUGUGAAGUGCACCAGUCCCUUCUGCAGCAAAGCACCCCCACAACAUGAUGCUGCCACCCUCGUGCUUCACUGUUGAGAUGGUGGUCUUCGGCUUGCAAGCCUCCCCCUUUUUCGUCCAAACAUAAUGAUGGUAAUUAUGGCCAAACAGUUCUAUUUUUGUUUCAUCGGAGCAGAGGAUAUUUCUCCCAAAAGUACGAUCUUUGUCCCCAUGUGCAGUUGCAAACCGUAGCCUGGCUUUUUUAUGGUGGUUUUGGAGCAGUGGCUUCUUCCUUGCUGAGCGGCCUUGUUAUGUGGAUAUAGGACUCGUUUUACUGUGGAUAUAGAUACUUUUAAGAGGUCUACAAUUUAUUUUCUGAGGUCUUGGCUGAUUUCUUUUGAUUUCCCAUGAUGUCAAGUAAAGAGGCACUGAGUUUGAAGGUAGGCCUUGAAAUACAUCCACAGGUACACCUCCAAUUGACUCAGGCUAAUUGACAGCAUUUAUCAGAAGGUUCUAAAGCCAUGAGAUCAUUUUCGGGAAUUUUCCAAGCUGCGUAAAGGCACAGUUAACUUAGGGGUUAACAUCUGACCCACUGGAAUUGCGAUACAGUUAAUUAUAAGUGAAAUAAUCUGUCUGUAAACAAUUGUUGGAAAAAUUACUUGUUUCAUGAACAAAGUAGAUGUCCUAACUGACUUGGCAAAACUGUAGUUUGUUAAGAAUUUUGUGGAGUGGUUGAAAAACGAGUUUUAAUGACUCCAACCUAAUUGUAUGUAAACUUCCGACUUCAACUGUACCUCACCAUACCAUGAGACAUCCAUAUCUUCUUCAUCACUGGAAAAGAUAACUUUUGAGAUGUAUAUAAUUUAAAGGCAUACAAACAGGGUUGUCAAGCUAUUUUAUAAUUUCUGGGGGGGAAUAACUUUUCUAACUUAACAUAAAUGAUCUAAAAACACGUAAACUCAUAGUUAUAUGUUUUAGCUUCGACCCUAUUUUACAUCCUCUAAAGCGUUUGUAUUGUGACCGCUAUCUGUUGAGAACAUGCUCUCGAAUACAGAUUGAGUGUCAUGUUUGGGCUGAUAAAAGUACUAAAAUUAGGAUAAAAUUGAAAUAUCAACUUGAAUGGUACCACAAAGAUGUCCACACAUGUUGAUUUGAAUGGGAAUAUCUGUAAGUUAUACUGUCUAUUCUCCAUAGAAAACCUGUUUUAAAUCAUAGAAAUAAGGAUAAUAAAAUAGAUUUGACCAUUUUAAGUUGACAUUCGAUGGUGGGUAGACGGGCAAGUAAUUUAGAAGUAAAAAUGUUUUUUCAAUUUCAAUGGUGUACCAGCUAAAUUGCAGUGGUCUGUAGGGAUAGGUCCAUUCUAUGAUUGAAAUGACACCCACCCUGUAUUUAAGAGCAUGUUGUUUAUCAACCGAUAGUGGGCACAACACAAAAACCUCAUGUGAAAUAGGGCCUAAGCUACAACAUAUGCGAAUAUAAAAACAAUAGUAAUUUAUGUUUAUUUUUUUUAAAGAAACAAUUGAUUUUUUGAUAUUUUUUAAAUAAUAAAAUAGUUUGACAUCACUGUAGGUAAGCUUUUAAAUGAUAUCAAACUCAACUGUUUCUCUUUUCCAGUGAAGAAGACAUGGAUGUCUCAUGGUAUGCUGGAGUAUGCACAAUGGGUCAAUUUCCAGCACCUUUUAAAGUCAAAUCUCAUUUUAUUGGUCACAUACACAUUAUUUAGCAGAUGUUAUUGGUCACAUACACAUUAUUUAGCAGAUGUUAUUGUGGGUGUAGCGAAAUGCUUAAUCUGCUGAAUGUUCUGCCAUUCAGGUCCAAAAGGUCACUUCCUGACCACUUCUUCUUCCAUGGGCAAACAUGUAUGGAACGUUUUGUAUAAAUCGAAAGGGAUGCUGUCAAAAAGUGGUUCAAUUCAAAUGUUUUUAUCGUUAAGAUAGUGCAUGCAAACUAGCCACUUGCGAAAGGCACUCCUUAAAAAUUGCUUCCAUAAUUUCCAUUUUGCUAGCUACUAUUUCGUUUUUUUUUUAAACAGAUAAAGUAGUGAUGUUGACAGUGACAUAGUUCCUCUUUGCCAAAAUAGUCCUUAAUUGAAACUAGACCCUAGUCAAUGUUGUACGAGACUAAACAUGCCAUAGUAAUAUGUCCUACUCACGGGCAGAAAAGGUAGACUCGCUUGUGAUCAGUGGUGGUGGGUAACUCAAGCUGAUCAUUUUCAAAAUUAGCUUUCUCAGAAGAAAUUGAAAAAUAUUGAAUGUUUUUCAUGAUUUACCUGGUUUAUUUUGGACUGAGGUCAGUUUCAUAUUGUUGUAAUUAUUAUGAUUCAGUUUCAGCCUACAGUCUUCUGAACCCUCUGUCUGUCUCCACCAUGUGAUGUCAUGCAGUUUCUUUGUAACCCCCUCUCUGAGUCUGGGGAUCUGGAGCGUGUGUGUGUGGAUAAAUGAAUGAGCAGAAUGAGGAAAGAAAAUAUGCACACAUCAUACUAGUGGGCAUGUGAGAAAGUUCAUUUUUAGUGACGAAGAGGAUGAUCAUGGUGAUGAUUUAGUGCUGUCAUGACUACAUUGCAAUAACACAGUUGAUGUGCUGACUGAGAGAACCAUGUCAGAGGUCAGGAACAGGGCCGGGCAAAGUGGUCCUGCAGGCAAAGCGGUCACUUAGGACAAGGUUACCCAAACUUGGUCCCCCCCCCCCCCCCCCCGUUUGCAUGUUUGGGUUUUUGCCAUAGCACUACACAGAUGAUUUAAAUAAUCAAAGCUUGAUGAUGAGUUGGUUAUUUGAAUCAGCUGUGUAGUGCUAGGGCAAAAAACUAAACGUGCACUCAGGGAGGACCUCAGGAUUGAGUUUUAGAAACUAUAUAUCUUUUUUAGGAACUCAGUCUGGGUCUCAAUUUACUGUUAAGAGAAUAAUAGAAUGGUCAAGGUGCAAACAAGUUUCCUCUUGUUUUAUCACACUUUAUCCCUAGCUAGGUUUCCAUCCAAUUGGCGACAGAUUUUCAUAUAAUCAAUCAUCCACAUAAAAACAAUAUACUGCAUUUUCCCACCAGAGAUGUGUUUCCAUCAAAUUGACUCGUUGCAGUUAAAAGGCUGUGCGUGAUGACGUAGUACACAUAAAAAUACCUUUUGCGGUUAGAUUCCCAUGUACCGAAUAAAAGUAAAUAAAUAGAAGUUCAAUGUGUUUCCAUCACAUUUCAACUCUACUGAUGGUUUUCUCACAAAACAUGUUGCUCUAUAUAGCGAGUGUGCCCACUCUGGUAUUGACACGUGUGCUCUAGCCAACAGCUCGCCAAUACAGUGCGGGUAUAGCCUACAUCAGGGAUGGGUAACUCUAGUCCUCAGGGGCCGGAGUGUUGUCACACUUUCCCCAUCCCUAGCCAACACAGCUGAUGAAACUAAUUCCAUUCUAAACUGAUGAUCAUGAUUAGUUAGUUAUUGGUGUCAGAUGUGUUAGCUGGGGCAAAGGUUUGACACCAAUCAGGCCCCAGAGGACUGGAGUUUCCCAUCCCUGGCCUACGUGAUGAGAUUAUUAUGGAUCAAAUUGUGGAUUAUUUAUAAUUGUCAAACGGCAGCCAAGCAUCGAUGAUCAUGUCACCAGAAUAAGACCCUUGAUUAUUUAUUGGAAAGGAGCAUCAAGCUCAAAUCUGGUUAAUUUUAGUCACUCAAUUAGCCAUGUCAGCUAAUAUUGUUUUGAUUGUAAGUCUAUCCAGUCAUCUAAACCUGUAGUAAUCAUGGCCAAAUACCGACCGGGCAUGUAGGGCACGUGCCCAGGGGCCUUGACCUCCAGGGGGGCACCUCUGCCCAGAGUGUCGGCAGUUAAGUUUUUGUUGUUCACAGAACAGUUUAACCUCCGAUUUGCCUAGUUUAAAUACUCCAGGCCACAAGGUGGCACUAGCUUGUUUGGCUUGUGCCGGUUGUACUUAAUGUAAGCUGACUAGCAAGCUGUGCUAAUGUUGUUGUUACUAGCAAGAAUUUGUAGUAAGCCCUACAAGUCUCGCUUAGGGCCCAACCAAAUCUCGUUUUGGGCCCCCAAAGGCUAGAGCCGACCCUGGUUAGGGAUGACAGAAUUGUUAAGGUCCUGGUCUCUCUGGCAGUACUGUAUGUAAGAUUACACUUGAUUUAUUGACGUUAACUCUGUCUGCUUUGAGUGUUACUGUGGCUGACUGCUGAAGUUUUUUUUUGCAAGGUAGGGUGUUGGCCACAAAUGUACUAGAAACAACUUUUGAUAAAAUAAAAAAAGUUGAUAAAGAAAACGAGUUCACAUUAAAGAUGGACUUGAAAUGAACAUGGCGUUCCUUACUCAAUACUCCCAGUAAUGCAACGCCAUAAACUAUUUUUGCCUUCUAAUCAAGAGUUUAUCUUGAGCGUCAGUUAUCUGGCUAACUUAUUAAUCCUACUUUGUGAAACCCUACCCUGACCGUAGUCCUGUCUGUCUCUGUCUGACUGACUGAGCCAGGUGCAGCGAAUGAACCUGCUCAUCUCUAUCUCAUUCUUCUUUUCAUGAGCAACAAUGAAAAGGGCUAAAACACAUUAUUCUGCAGUUCUGUCUGUCAGCCAUUUUUUAUGUGUGUUUAUCUAACCCCCAUCCACCACCAGGUAACUUGGUGUGAUUGUGGUUUAGAAUAUGAUGUUGAUAUGAUUUGCAUUGCAAUAGGUCAUGGUCUUUAUGAUGCUUUUAGAGUGAGUGAGGGAGAGAGAGAGAGAGAGUUUGUGCCACUUGUUCUGUGCUAUUCUUCUCUCCUUCCUCUCCUUCUAUGCAACAUCCUCCUGCCUACACUCAUGGUUUUAUUCAGUAAACCCCCCAGUGCAGUAUUUAUGCAGUAGCAUACAAACAUAUCUUUCCCCGCACAGUCAGAUAGUCUCAGAGUGGUUUGCGGUACUGUAUAAAUAGCAGGUAGACCCCCCUCACAGGUAGAUGUCUCCAUUUGACCGAGUAAUAUAUGUGUGUGUGCUGUGGGCAGUCAUGUGUAAAAUGAGACUGUUAACAUCACUAAGGCAGGUUAGAUUUAAUAUGGUCUUCUGUCGUCAUCUCCCAUCUCUGUUUGUUUUGUAUCAAUGUAUAUUUUCCCAUGUGAAAAUUACUAUCAAUAUCAUGAACUCUAAGGCCCAGUUGGUUUCCCAGACGUAAGGCUGCUUCUGCACUAAAAAGCAAUGUGCAAUAGAGAAUCUCCAUUGAAAUAUAGGUUUUUGGGUCCAGGAAUAGUAUGAGUCUGGCCAAAGGGCCCAUAUCAUGCCAAACUCCUGUCUUCAAACUGCUGUCUCCCUCUGCUGGUCAACAUGUAUGUACUACUCCUGCUAUUUUUAUUUUGGACAUGGCCUGCCUGUCUAUCUGUAUGUCUGUUUGUCAUAGCUCAGCAUUUAUAAUCCUCAUCAGCCCUCCGUCUCAGUAGGAUAAAAUAAUAGAAUAUUGAGGAUAAAAAUACCCUGUAUGAUGACUAUUUGACAAAUAAAAUAAAAAAUAGAUAAACAAUGUAUUUACUAUAAUCUGAGUAGACACUGCUAUUUGGAACACUUUGUAAUUUCUAUCCAGAAAUAAAUGUUCAUACUGUU